GUGUGUUGCGCCGGUUGCGCGCGGGCCGGGGCGGCGAAUCCAGGCGAAUCGCCGGGAUGCAAAGCAACAGGAACACCAGUCGCUCGGCGGACUUGGUGCAGGUAGUAUCGGUCGCGGUAUGCGCGCCGCGGUGCACGCGUAUACGCGUUCAGUGAUACAGUCUCGUAAUCGCCCGCCGUGUAUCGUCAUCACUCUUCUCUCUCUACCUCUCCUCCUGCCGUGAGAGUGGACAGGACCCUUCCCAAGCACGUACCGUCGCUUCCGGAUCGUUGGACGAUGGAGAUAGGCGAUCAUUCAGCAUAGUAGACGGCUCCAGGUCGUCCCGAUCGACCGACUGCACGCUCACUAUUGUUCUCGAGUAAGAGAGACCGGCUGCUCGCAUUCGCGAUGGCCACGACGACGUCAACGGAGAAGAUGCAUCAGGAUACGGAGAAAGACUUGCCGAAGAAAAAGCUCAUAAAUACGAAUCUGAUAUCGCUCAAGUGUCUUCUCUUCAUCUUUUUCGGAGGUAUCGGCUGUCUCUUCCCGUUUCUUCCGCUGCACAUGACGAAGGUAGGACUGAGCAUCGAAAACGUUAGGUUCGUGUCGAUGAUUUCACCAGCGGUAGCGAUACUGGGGCCGCUAAUAGCGGGACCGAUUGCUGACAAGCUCGCCGGUCACCAGAUCACCAACGAUAAAUCGUCGACCGGUCGUUAUCUCCGCGUGAUGAUCGCCGUCGCUUGCAUCUUUUCAGCACUCUUCUAUUCGCUACUGAUGCUGGUGCCCGCAGUGGAUCGCACGUUACCAGCCGGAGCAGGCCCGUACUUUAAGUUCAAUUGCGAUUGGCGCGGUGCGAUGGUACGACAAGAGAGGUGCAAGGAUCGUUUUGGCUGCCACCGCUGGGCUGAUUAUGACAGCGGCAUGGGUGCCAUGCUGCUAACAAAUUGUAGCUAUGCUUGCUAUCCAAUCGGCUGGCAACGACAUUUGGAAUGGACUGCACGUUCGACGACGCUCCGAAACAACGCCGACGUUGAACCCGAUCUUUUUGACGGCAGUGGCGAGACUACUGUUGCUCCGUUAAAUAAUGAACUCUAUGUGCAGAUUGAGAAACUUGCAGCAAAAGAGAAUCGUGACGAGACGAAAAAAAAUCGUCGUUACGUCAUGAUUGAUUAUGAGCCGCCACAUAUGUGCUACAAGGACGAGAACGAUAACAUCGUCUGUCACGUUUACACAGAGUACUCCGGCACACUAUCAGUGAACGGUAGCCUCGGACAAGCACUGAAUCCUGAAAACGAGGAUGAAUGGUGUGCAUAUCCCGUAGCCGAAUACUUCGCCUGUCGCAUACCACACAAACUAGAAGUCUUCAUGGCCCCAUUUAAUCAGAGUUGCUCCGUAGAAUGCGAUCUUGUCGAUCCAUAUACUCUCGCGGGUAGCGUACUGGUGGAUAGCCAAUGCCAGCUUACCGGAGUGUGGACGGAAGCGGCGUUCUGGAUGUACCUGUUCGUGCGAUCGGUCGCGGAUAUUUUCCCGACAACCGCUGUCGCCCUGAUCGACGCAGCGGUGGUGAUUGCAACAAGGGAGACGUCGUGUGGUCGCGGCGACGUGGGACGUCAAUUGGCUUUCGGCUCCCUUGGUUUUGCUCUAUUGGGACCACUGACCGGCUAUUUGAGCACUUUGACAAGUAACAUCGGACCAGCUUAUUGGUUGCCUCUUGUCCUACACGCCGCAUUGAUGAUCCUUGCGGCCAUCAUUGCUCUGUCAGCAGACGGCAUGCCUCUCAGUCCACCAGAAUGGUGGUGGCAUACGAGAAGUGGCAUGCUUGCGUUGCCAAUGAGCGCUGUCAAGAGGUACGGCAGCGAGACCGUUGCCCUGAUCUUUGUCCUACUAGUCAUGGGAACCUUUUGGAGCGCGAUGGACAGCUACCUACCUUUGCAUCUGCAAAGAUUAGGAGGCGAUGAACUUUCUAUCGGGGUCGCUAUGACCGUCGGAGCGAUACCUGCGUUCCUGUUCCUCUGGAAGUCUGAACAUCUUGUAGAUUACUGUGGACACAGUAAUCUUCUUAUCACUGCCUUUACGGUGUACAUAAUCAGAUUCACCGGACUGAGUCUUGUAUCUGAUCCCUGGUGGUCUCUCAUCUCGGAAGCUUUAGAAGUAUUCACCUUAGGAAUAAUGUGGGUUACUGCUAUUCUCUACCUGAGACACUUGGUACCGCGUCAUUUGACCGUGACUGCCCAAGCGUGGCCUGUGAUAGCUCACUUUUGCAUCGGCCGAUGUCUCGGAUCCGUCAUAGGUGCUUAUAUCAAUUUCGGUGAUGAGGACAUCGUACAAUCACUGAGAUUUGUGUUUCGUUGUAUGGCGGUAGCAGCGGCCAUUGUUGCCAGUCUGUAUUUCAUAUUGUAUCAUGGUCUAUUGAAGCCGAGAUGUCGAGCACAUACCAUCCAGGGUCCCCGUCAACCCUCCACAAUCGUGCAAGCUGCCAUAAGAGAUUACGAAUUGACUAUGAACGGAAAUGGAAAUUACACGCCACUGAGAGUAUAUCAUAAUGGAAUGGGCAGAAAAGGUCAAUUUCGAUACUGAGAAGUUAUCUGUAUGAACGAAUGAAGAGUUCUAGAAACAACACUGCAACAAUGAUUCCACAAUGCAACGUAUAAAUGUCAUCAGUGACUAAGUGCUAACGAAGUAUGUGUUUUCAAGUACAAUAUUUUGCGUUGCGUCGCAUUUAUCGUCAUUUGUUAAUUUAAGCCGACUCGACAUAUUAUAGUUUCUGUUUCUUAAUGUUAUUAUUUAAAUGAAUCACAAGGAUCACUAUUUGCUCAAAUAUGUUCUACGAGCUUUAUCAGUAUCUAUUUGUAACCAUUAAAGCGUAAGCAUAUAGCGAGCAGCAUAAUGCGAAUCUGUCACGUAUCGCAGUAACAAAGAGAUAAGAAAGCAUUUAGAAAGAGGUAGGAAGACAUUUUUUAUGUACAAAACGUCCACGAAAAACGACAAGUAAUAUUUCUUUAGUUUUCUAUUAAAUUUAUUUUUUUUUUAG